AUGUACAAGUAUAAUAAUUAUUCAACGAUUUUAACGACUAUCUUUUUAUUCAUUUCAAUCUUUCAAGUAUUGUAUGGAGCACCUUUAAGUGAAUCAGAUAAACUGAUUGUAGCCGAUCACCAUAGACGUUGGAGAUUGGAAGCUGUUCCAGAACCAAACUCACCCAUCCAACAAUUAACUUGGAAUACCACAAUUGAAGCUGAAAUCCAAGCUCAUAUUGAUGGAUGUGCAAAGGAUUCAAGUCCAGGUGCAUUGUUUGGAUUGUACAGUGAAUGGAAAUCAUCUUCAUCACUUUCAUUUAGUUUAAACAAAACUUUAAAAUCUGUCAUUGAUCUUGCUCCAACUUAUGAUUGGCCAAAUAAAGCUUGUCUUCCUGGUAAACAAUGUACUCCUUAUUUAGCUGCAAUGUCAAAUGCAAGUAGAAGUUUUGCAUGUGCAAAGUCAACUAAAUGUGGUCUCUUGAAAACUGUUUUUCUUUGUAGUUACUACCCUGCCGGUGCACUUCCAGGUGUAGAUCCAUACAAGCAAAAGGUUGUAGCCCCUACUCCUACUCCAACCACAACUCCAAAGCCAACAACAACACCAGCUCCAACCACCACUCCAACACCAACCACCACUCCAAAGCCAACAACUACUCCAACACCAACUACCACUCCAACACCAACCACAACUCCAAAGCCAACAACUACUCCAGCUCCUACCGUACCUCCAACUCCAUCUCCAACUCCUGCUCCUCAUCCAAAUGAAACUGAUUGGAGAACCAAAGGUAUCCUUCCUCCAGUUCGUAGACAAGCUAAUUGUGGUUCAUGUUGGGCAUUUGGAAGUGUAGCUGUAAUCGAAAGUCGUUACAUCCUAAAGAAUGGUGGUGAUCCCAAUUUAUUGGAUCUUUCAGAACAACAAGCUGUCGGAUGUUUCCCAUAUGGAUGUCAAGGAGGAGCUGUAUGGCGAGUUUUCAAUGGUCUAUUAGAAAGUGGUAUUCAAUAUGAGGUUGAUCAACCAUACCUCGCCGAUAAUGGAACUUGCACUGAUAAUCCCAUCAAACCACAUAUAAAGUGGUCCUCUUGGAAUUAUAUUCCAGCUACCAAGGAUGCCAUUAUUCAAGAGUUAAAGAAUGGUCCUGUUGCUGCCUACCUUGCCACCAGAGACACCGCCUGGUCCAACUACAAAUCUGGUAUUGCCAAUUGCCAACCAAUUCACACUGACACCAACCAUGUAAUCGAUGUCAUUGGAUAUAAUCCAGUUCAAGAUUAUUGGAUUAUUAGAAAUUCUUGGGGGUCGUCCUGGGGAUUGGGGGGCUCGAUGUUGUUAAAUGCCUCUAAUGAUAAUUGUUUAAUGCUCAAGUAUAGACCUGCCGUUGUUCAUUUCUAA